AUGGAUUUAUAAAAAAGCUCUUUUAUAAAUCUUGAAGAUUUUAUAAACUCUUCUUUAGGUUCUCACUAGAUACUUGUAAUUGAUUUUAGCUAAAAUAAAAUAGAUUCACAAGGCUUAAUAAGUUUAGCCUAAGCUUUAGAAAAAUGCACUAAACUUUCUUCUUUGGAAAUUAUAUUGUAUUAAAGUAAAAUUAAUGCAUAGAGUGCAACAAUUUUAGGCUCUGCUUUAAUAAAUUGCAAUGAGCUCUCAAAUUUAGAAAUCAAUCUUAGUGAGACUUAAAUUGAUGCUCAGGUUAUUCUUGGUUUAUGCAAUUCUAUAUCUUAAUGUGUAAAACUCUAAUCUUUGUAUCUAACGUUGUGUGAAAUUAAAGUAAGUAAUCAAGAUGUUGAGAAUGUGGGUGUUGUUUUGAGUAAAAUCCCUAAUCUUUUAUCUUUAACCCUCUUUCUUUAGAGAAAUUAAAUAAACGGUAAAGGGAUUUGUGGCUUAAUGUCUACAUUAUCAAACUAUCCUACUCUAUAUAAAUUAAAACUUGAUUUUUGGUAGAAUUAAUUUAAUGAGUAGGAUGAUGCAUAAUAUUUAGGUCUGACAUUAGAAAAAUUAUCCAAACUAAAAAUUUUAAAGCUGAAUUUAAAUGAAAACAAUCUUAAUUCAGAUGAUGCAUAGAUUUUAGGUAACUCUUUGGCAAAGUGCACCAAUCUAUUUCAGCUGAAUCUAUACCUUUCCUAUAAUAAUAUUGGUAUUGAAGGAGCUUAAAAAUUAUGUUUUGGUUUGUCUAAGUGCAUUAAGUUAUAAAAGUUGAAGCUAAGACUACAUACAAAUGAUAUUCUCUAGGAACAGAAAUAUUUAAUUAGACAAAAAGUUUGGAAAUUUAAGAGAUUAGUUGCUUAUAAAGAAUGUUUAUGA